CCUCUUGUCUAUCACAACACAAGGGGCCGACAUUAAUUUAAAUGGUGUCCCUUUAAACACCGCCAAAGCCCAGGCAACAAAAACAAUCAAACCUGAGACUUCAAGUCAAUAAUGGCCCGACUCCAGGCUCGUUUGCAGCCUGGUAGCAACCGCCAUCGUCUGCUAAUAUAGCGCGAGGGACUGAGUGACCGCAGACUCGCUGCUAGUUAACAUUACGCAGCUGUCUGUAAUCGAAGCUAAUCGGCUAUCCAACGAUAGCUGAAGCUGCGCGUCUUCUCUCCCUACCACAUGAUACUGACGCACACUGUAUAGGGACGGACCUUUAUAGGCAGCGAUUGGAUCCGCUAAAAAAGCCCACAGCGCAGAAAUGGACAAAGACGAAGCAGACCGGCUCAUAGAGAAGGCGAAACUGUGUUUACGGUCGGGCCGAAAAGACCGGGCGUUGCAGCUGCUAUAUGAGGCGCAGAAUAUUUACCCCAGUACCAGGGCCAGAGUGUUGAUAGAUGCCAUACUAAGAAAUGGAGGCAGCACUUCCCAUGAAGCGAACCAUGUGCCUCCACCAACAGGAUGGAGAGACGAGGAUAUAGGAACCCAUGAAACCAGUAACGUAAAUGUUGAUGAAAAAAAGACCUAUACUGAAGAGCAACGCCAGGGUGUUCUCAGGAUAAAGAAUUGCAAGGACUUUUACGAGAUCCUUGGUGUUAACAAGAAUGCCAGUGAUGAAGAUUUGAAAAAGGCGUACAGGAAGCUGGCCCUGAAGUUCCACCCGGACAAGAACUUUGCCCCAGGAGCCACAGAUGCAUUCAAAGCAAUAGGCAAUGCAUACGCAGUGCUGAGUAAUCCAGAGAAGAGGCAGCAGUACGAUCAAUAUGGAGAUCAAUCUACAACUUUGAAUGCACCUCAAAACUCCAGCCACAGUCACCACCGACACUACCGAAACUUCCACAGAGACUUCGAAGCUGACAUUUCCCCUGAGGAGCUCUUCAAUAUUUUCUUUGGAGGAAGGUUUCCCACAGGAAAUAUUCACGUGUACACCAACCAGGGAGCCUCCUACUCGCAGUUUUAUCAGCCUCGUCGUCGACGUGCGCAUGAAAGGCGCGAGGAGGUGGUGGAGGAAAACCAGAGUCAGAACACCUUCACAGCUCUUCUGCAGCUUCUGCCUGUGCUGGUGUUAAUCCUCAUAUCAGUGUUUACUCAGAUGAUGGCCACUAACCCACCCUACAGUCUCUUCUACAAGCCGGCCAUGGGACUGGUGGUAUCAAGAGAAACACAGCACAUGGGUGUCCAAUACUAUGUGGAUAAAAGUUUUGAGAAGGAGUACCGUGGAGCUGCACUGGAAGAACUGGAGAAAACCAUUGAGAGUGACUAUAUUGAACACCUGCAGAGCAGCUGCUGGAAAGAGAAACAGCAAAAGUCAGACUUGGCAAACCUCGGACAACUUUACCGCGAUGAACGGUUAAAGCAGAAGGCGGAGUCAAUGAGGCUGGACAACUGUGAGAAGCUGCAACGAUUGGUUGGGCGUCUGAGAGUCAAAUGAGGACUGUUUGAGAGGAGAAAAUGUUUCUUUAGCAAAGUGUGUAAUCUGGCCACUUUCUAAAGAAAUUUCUUUGGGUACAGUGAAGUCAGUGGAAGAAUAUACCGCUGGAAACAAUGUGCCUUCUCUCCUCAACGAUGGUAGAAAGUUGCGUGUUAGCUGCCAGGCGCUAGCUAUGACGGUAGCAGCGUCAAGCGCAAACUCACUGUGGCAGUGUGUAUGAUGUCUCAGAGCCUUCAGAGUUUCUUAUAGAAAUGGCACAACAUAUGCAGUGUCCCUUUGGGGUUACAAUAUGUUCACAUAUUUGUUUUAUCUGUUCAGGUUUUGUAGUUUAUCUGUAUUUAUUUUUGGAUGUUUUUGUGGCCUAGCAGAAAUUUUAGAUGUUUUAUUUGUUAACUAAUGGAGUGAAUGCUAGUUGAGCAACUUGGCUCACAAUUUUCUGUGGGAAAUAAGUAAAGUGUCAUAAAUUAUACUGUAUUGUUGGACAAAUCAAAGCGCACCUGUACUGUUGACUGAGUACAGCCAGAGAACCUUUUAUACGUGAUUUGAACAAACAAAUCUGACAUUUGGUUUCCUUACUCAUCCGGGGGGCACAGUCUAAGUUUCACUUUAAUCUUUUGACAUAAUAUUACCACAAUGUUCCAGUUGUGUGUACUUGUCUGCAAGACCAGAGCCUCCAACCUCUUCACACAAGUGUUUAAUGCAUUGACUAUUUAGCUUCUGAGGCCACAUUUUGAAUAUGUUAUGUUGAAGUCAAGUCCAACUAACUUCCCAUUUACACUUCUAUGUAAUGACAGUGUUUCUUGCUGGAUAGCGAGAGCUCAGUUGUGGGCAUGUAGGAAAGAUUUUAGGGGAUUUAAUGAAGAACCAUGCACAAGCUUAAUUUAGUUUUUAGAUAGUGGUUUUCCACUUAAAUCUGUAUUUUCUAAACCCAGCACCCUUACUCUGUAUUGAUCUUUUAUAGAGGUUUUUUUUUUAUAUAUAUUAAAUCCAACCUUAGAUGGAUGUAACCUGAUGGAUAAAAACCUCUUUUCCCUGCCACAGGUAGAAGCCACCAUUUUGACCUUUAUGUUGUCUAGCCAGGGCAUUGUGAGUUGGAUGUUGGCUUUGAGAAAUUUAUUUAUAACUAAGCCAAGGCCUUGUACCAUUUACAGGAAUUAAUUUGCAUUUCCGUGCAUCAAGUCUGCCAAACUGCCUUAGCUGUUCUGAUAUUCAAAUUCAUCUGAAGCAAUUUUAGGUUAAUAUUUACUCCUGUGUUCCGUAUCGUUUUACUUGCAUGCACCCUCGUGAGUGUGUUCUAAUUAGGUGCACAUUUAUUUAUUUGGCAAGCACAUCCUCAUGACCUCCUGACACUAUAUAAUGUAAAUGGAUGAGAAUAUUCAGGUACUAAGUUAAAAACAUGUAAAUCCUUUUCCAGUGAUUAAUGACACAAGUCAGGCUUUGGAAUCAAUCAGUGUGGAAGUACACUUGAGUUACACUGCAGAAUUAAGCUUUCAGCCAAAUAUACCAGAAAAUUAAAGCUGUAACAAGAA